UUCAACAUGGCGGCAAGUGCCAAAAUGUCUUUUAACUACUAUCAAAAUGGGAAAUACGGCACUUUACCGGCAGAUCCACAAAAGGAUAUGGAAGUUUCACAGGAUAUGCAUCUUAAGAUGUCAAAGAAAAUUGCCCAGCUCACAAAGGUUAUUUAUGCACUCAACACAAAAAAUGACGAACAUGAUGCAGUUAUCCAUAACCUCAAAGAACAGCAUGAGGAAGAAAUGCAGAAACUUCUGUCAGAGACAAAAGACAAAAUUAGUGUGUUCAAAAGGAAACUCGACGAGGAGAAUGACUAUAGACAAAAGAUCGCUUCCCUGGAAACCACCAUAGCUAAUCACGAAAGAUAUAAAAACGAAGCGUUACAUAGAUUCGAAACAUUUAAACAGCAUGCCGAGGAACGUGAAUGUCAAGUGAAAAUGGAACAUUCUCAAAAACUUCUCGGAAUAUCACAAGAAGUGUUAACUGCCAAGAAACGGUUUGACAAUCAGUUGGAACAGUUUGAAGAGUGGAAGAAAAAUGUGGAUUCAGAAAAAGAGCAGGCUCUGUCAGACAUGAAGAAAGCUCAUGAAGAAGAAAUGGAUCAGCUUCGAACAUUUCACCGUUCACAAAACACAGACUGGUUAAAUGAAUGUGCUAAAAUUGAAGACAAAUUCAAAGGACAAAUUGAAGAUCUUAAGACACAGUUAGACAAUUUGAAUGUGGAAAAAGCUAAAAGUGCUGAAGAAUAUGAAGCAAAGCUAGCAAAAGCUCAAGCAUUUUAUGAAAAAGAACUUGCAGCCUUGAAACAAUCUCAAAAUUCUUUUCAUGAAAGUUCCAGUAAGGAGCUCUUAGAGGAACGUGAAAAAAUGAAAAAGGAUUUUGCACUCCAAGAGAGAGAAUUGAAAAAACAAAUAGAAAGUCUAGUCAACCAGUUGUCUGUAAGUGAGGAUGAGGUGGAGAAAACCAAGUCGGAGCUGGAGAAGUUAAAGAUGGCGCUCGAGAAUAACGAGUCCAAUACUGGCGGUCUACAAAAACUGUUGGAUGAAGCCAAAAAUGAAGCAUCAAAUGCCUUGACAAGAUUAAAAGAAAUUGAAUCGGAAUUAACGACAUACAAGGAACGAUGCAGGGAGCAAGCGGAAGAUCUCCGUACAAAGUCCAGUUUGAUUGGUGAGUUGGAGGUAACAAAACUACAGCAGCAGUCCACGAUACAGGAACAGACCGUCGAGAUCCAGAAACUCAAGGAUAAACUGGCAUGGCUCGAGGCACAGUGGAAGAACGUGGAAUCGGAGAAAAACUCUCUAAGUAAAGAACAGAACUCUCAGCUUCUGUCACUUCAAAAGUCAUUGGAGGACUUAUCCGUAGAGAAACAGACAUUAAUGGCGCGAUAUGAAAGAGACUUACAGAAUUUGCGAGAUAAAUUGGCCAUCAGGGAGAAAGAACUGGCUGACAAACAUGCGGUCGAGAAAAACAAUCUCAACAAAACACACCAGGAUGUGUUGAAGUCACAGCAGGAAAAGGCAGACACCCUCCUGUAUGAAACCAAACAGAAAAUGGUCAAACAACAUGAAGUAGAUUUGGCCAAGGUGAAGGAUGACAAAGAUGCAAUUAUAGCCGAUUUCAACCAGAAGAACACGGAUCUUACCAACAAGUUAGCGACAUCAGAAGAGGAGGUAAGACGUCUUGAGAAGAUUCUGAAGGACAGUGAAUCCGGUCUUGGUACAGCAUCCUCUAAAAUCAACAGUCUUAAGGAGGCCUCAACUCGACUACAGUCUGAUUUGGAGAAAUCUCGGGAGGAAAUCAAAACACACAAGACAAACGCAGCCAAUUAUAAGGCUGAAUUGGAGAAACUUAAGAAACUGCAUGCAAGUAAGCUGGAAGAAGCCCAACAAGAACUCAAGAGAAAGCUUGACCAAUUGGCUAAAGACCUGGAGUCCAAGUGGUCAGAUAAUCUGAGGAAGGAGUGUGCAAGAUUGAAACUUGAUCUGACGCAGCAAAAAGACGAGGAGAAAAAGUCAGCUCUCCAACAACUGUCACGCCUCAAGGACGAGGAAGUGAUGGCGGCGCGGAGAGGCUGGGAGAACAAAGUCCAGGAACUUCAUAGUCAACUGGACAAACUUAAACAAUGUCUGGAGGACAAAGAAGGUUCAAAUGCAGAAGAAAUGGAACGCCUACGGAAAGAGAUGGAAGAGGAGAGAAAAAGGCUGGAGCAGAAACUUGUUGAGGCAGGAAACGAGUACGCCAAGCAGAUAACAGUCAUGGAAGAAAUGCAACUGGAAAAAGUUAGGAAAUUAGCAGAACAGAAGGAUAUUGAAGCAAAGGAAUUAGAAAACAAACUUACUGCAGGUCACAUGGAGGACAUGCAGAGAAGUAUGACUGCCCACAAGGCAACAGUAGAAAGCUUUAAGUCAGAGGCAGAAAAAUCUCGACUGGCUAGUCUACAGGAGGCAAAGCAGACACACCAAAAAGAAACAGAAAAAAUGAAAGAGAUGAUUUAUGAGCGUCACAAUGAUGAGAUGGAAGAACUGAAGAGAGGCCACAGCUACCAGUUAGACGCAGCAAGGAUGGAACUGGACAGGGCCGUGGAAAUCUCAAAACAGAAGGACAAAGAUCAUGCCAUACAAGUAGACGAAUUGAAGGAGGAGGUUACUGGACGGGAGCUACAUAUAAAAAAUCUCAAGGAUGACGUAAGAGGCCUCAAAACUGAUAUUAAUAAAUUGACGAGGGAAAUAGAGGUCAAAGGAAAUGAAAUCCUCAAAAUAAGGAGUGACGCCAAUCUUCAACUCAAAAAACGUGAGGAAGUAUUGGUGCAAAAGUUCCAACAUGAGAUUGAAUGUGUGAAGGCGGACCACCAGAGAGAGGCUGAGACGCUGAUGGCAGACUUCACAGAGGCUCAGGAACUUCUCAAAGACAAAAUCUCAGAGUUACAAAUAAUGCUUCAGGAAGCCGAGGAGAAGUACCAUAAUCGGGAAUCGCGGCCGGAGGAUCUAGAGGCCAUUGCACAGUUGAGGGACGCCAUUAGAGAAAGAGAAAUGCGGAUGAAAACCUUAAUAGAGGAAAAACAGUAUUAUCAGAUGGAGCUCGUCAACAGGGAGACCAACUUCAACAAGGUCUUCAACACUGACCCGAAAGUCGGGGUUCUUAACCCACUACAAAAAAAAGGAAAGAAAGGAGAGAGAGGAGGCGGUCACUAUCCAUCCAAGCACACCUCUAGUGCACCAAGUCUGAAUCGUCUAGAACCGAUUCCUAACUCGCCAAUCCACAACGCCAAUCUAAACCCGUCCAAACCCCUUGGACCAACGCCUGCCUUCACCAAGAAGUUUGUCAGAUAGUUCACUGCCUAAAGCCUUGCUAUAGAAUCAGACAUAUUUUAUACAACAGUAUAUAUAGAGGCAUGCUAGCUUUGCUCAACCUUGUAAUUGUGAUAAGGUGGAUUGAGACACACAGAAAAGCAUUUUAUAAAAAAUACUUGUUUAUUCACAAAAUCAGCCAGUUACAUGUCUCUAGUGAAUUUGCCUGUGAAAUAUUUUGUCACUAGUGUUAUAUACUAUGGGGCCGUCUCAUUGGCCGAACCAAUCAGAAAUCUAUUAUGAUGUCAUAAGGACAAUGUUGUGAUGUGAUAAAAUGUGAAUGGCGCAACAAAAUGGCUGUCGGACUGUUUGAUUAUGACCUCAAAAUUCUGACUCUAAAAGCUGUGAAAAUGGAAGUUUUCCAAGACCUGUGAUAAAAAGCGUCCUAAAUUUGUUUUCAUUUCAUAUGAAAUUUUAUAAAACUCAUCUCGAAGUUUUAACUUUGCACGCCAAGAUGCACAAAAAAAAAGAAAAUAUUUCUAAGACUAGUUUCAUAAUGAAAUGAAACUCAUCUUAGAUCAUAUGUAUCUGUGCUGGUAUCAAAGAUAUUCAUAUGGAUGUUUUUGGACUAUAUUGUGAAAUUGGUGUCAGGUUUUAAAUGAAUACAUAGUGAACAAUUUCUACUAGGUUUUUAAUUAGUUAUAAUAAACGGAACAUAUUAUUUCAACAAUAAGCACAAGCCUUGAAAAAAAAAAAUCGUAUUGGAGGAAAGUAUGUUCAGUCAUUAAAGAGAUACUGCUUGCCUCGGACCACCCCACCCUAUCCAACCCCAGUAUCCGGAAUAUUAUAUGGAAAGCAGAAGUUGUCUUCCCAGAAUUCCUUAGUAGUGAUGUUGACACCUGUACACAUCAGUAAAUGUUGAUGUUAAAAUCUGUCUGGGCCAGUGCCUCAUCUGAAAUGUAAUUUAACUGUGAUACUUCCAAAUUGUAGGCAUAUUUUGUAUACUGUGUGAUGUAUUUGUUAACAGUAUUAAAUGUAGUAUAUUUAUCGUAGAUAUGAUUUCGUAAAUAUUGAACUUGUUUGUACAACUUUUCGUAACCUAAUUUUGCUAAAGAGAGAGGGGUCAAAGAUAGUUCUGUUGGAAGAGCAAUGGACUAAUGGGAACCUGAGAUGAAGAUCCAAGGUGUCCAUGGUUCGAUCUCUACUUGUGUUUCUCCUGAAGUAGAGACCUUUGACAUUCCUGUGCUGUUGUGGUUAUGUCCAUGACUGAGAGACCUUUACCUAAUUGCCUCAGAUAAAAUGGUCAUGGCCUCACAUUUGUUGUUAAGUCACUGAGGUAGCCAUCAGCUACAACAAGGAGACCCUGCCUCAAAAUUACCCUGAUUGUUCACGAGGCGAUAAACUCAGCAAACAAAAAAAUUGCUGAAAGAGAUAAUUUUAAGAAUAUCACUUAAAACUUACUUUGUUUGUUUUUGUUUGUAUACAAUAUUGGCCAAAUUUGGGAUGGGUAUAAGUCAUGUUUAAUGAAAGUUUGUGUUUUCAAUGCUUGGCAUAUCUGUGAUCUAUUUGUUUGAAAUCUGUUUUUUUUUUUUUUUUUUUUUUCUUAAAAUCCUCUGGUGAUAGUUCUAAGUCUAUGAAUCGCUGAAGAUUGACUGUUUUGUGUAUAUGCUGGUAGUCUAUUUUUAGUGCUAUCCUUGAGCUUAUCUGUGAUAACAGAAUUUGUACAUAUAUCUAUGUAUAUAUAUUUGAUUGUUGAGUGACUUGUAAGAGGGUGUGAUUCACUGUCGUGUACAAAUGUUACUUUGUAUAUUGUUAUGGAGGAUGAGUGACCCAUAGUGGUGCAUUGACAUAAUUAUUGAGGUCGUUGUGACCAAAUUUUAUCGAUGUUAGCAAGUAACCCCAUGUGGUGCAUUUGACAUAUUUCAUAUAUUCAUUGAGGUCAACAUGACAUUUUAUAUAUAUUUUUUAUUCGUUUUAACAAAAAGUUUCACUUAGGCUUCUUAUUAAAGUCGUUUGUAGAUUAAAUUGAUUUCUAAAAGUGAAAUUUUUUAAAUAUAAGGUAAAAAUAAUAAACAUCAUGGAAUGUAUGCAUUUUAUUUUUUGAGAAUUUCUCUUUUAAGGAUAUAUGUUACCAUAAAAAUUACAAUUAGUGUCGCAGUUAUCCCCCUUAGGGAUGAUGCUUUCAUACAUAUUAUACCUUCAGUAGGAUUUCUGUUAUGUUUUUAUCCCCCUUUAAGGCUGUAUGCUAUAUAUACAUUAUAAUUUGAGUUAUCUCCCUUAGGGAUUUACCUCAUAUCACUAUGCAAUUACUCCAGUAAAUGAUACUUUUGAUCUGUGUUACAAGUAUUCUCCAUUGUAAGGAUUUCCUGAGAGGGAUAAUUUACUGAAUGAUAUCAUUUUCUUGAAUUCAGCGAACUGCAGAUGUUUCAUUCUAUUUUCAAAAGUCGGUCAUAAAAAUCACGAGGUAGCAUAUAGCUUUAGAUGAGGCAUAAUAGCUACAACACAAAAAUCAAGCAUCUAAAUCUUGAUAACAUGCAGUGGUCGUUGAAACAUUAAUUAAACCAACUUGAAGCGGAAGUAUUGCAAUUGUCAUUAUAUCCAGAAGGACUACAUAAUGAGUUUAACUUGAGGUCCUCGAAUCUCCUGGGACUGAAAUUAAUUAGACUAUAUAUGAUCGUAUAAUAAUACUCAUGCGCAAAGCCAAAUGAUGACACAAAUAGUCAGAUUCACAUAAAGGCUUUAUCCAGGGAUGAGUCAGACAAUGUUUUUAGAAUCUCCGGAGAUUUUUGUGUUAGUAACAUGUUGAACUGUUUCCAAUUCCCAUCUCCGGAGAUUUUUGUGUUCGUAACAUGUUGAACUGUUUCCAAUUCCCAAGAAUUAAUAAUGAAACAACAAGAGAAAAAUGGUGUAAGAGUUCAUCUUACAAAAACUGAAAAAAAAAAUCCUGUUGAUUUUUUUUUUUUUUUUACUGAUUUAUUUGCACUGAAAUGAGGGAAGCUAAUUAUUGACAGGUAUUUUCUAUCAGUAAUAACACUUUAGGAUAUUAGUCGACAUUAGCAUUUGAUUUAGUUUUUCAAAAUUUACAAACAUCAGAGGAAUUUCAGAGGUGACAUCACAAUAUAUAACUUUCUACUGCUGGACUGUGCACAAUUGUAAAAGUUGUAUCGUUUUGUUUUUUGGGGGGUUUUUUUUUUCGGGGGUUCAAAUUUCCCGGGUUUUAAGGUUUGAAGAUAAAAAGUUAAGUUUUCAUAAGAAACACAACGUAUUUCAUGCAUUUGAUAAGGAAUAUUAUUUUGAGGUGGCAAAACUGUUGAACAGUCUCAUUGUGACGUCAUGAAUAUAUGAUAUCUCGAUUGUUAAUUAGUAACAUUAAUAUAUAGAUACAUACAUACAAUUUAAAGGAAACGUUCAAAUUCACUUCUUUUUUCAUUUCAAGUCUCAUGAGAAAAUGAGAAUAUAAAUGCUAUCAUCCUCAGUUUUCACUGACUUAAGAUUAGUUUGUGAGACAAAAUUAUACAUAAAUAUAUAUAUAUACCUGCAUCUGAUAUACACAUAUCUGCUGCAUUUAACAAUAGAAGUCAUUUACACUUGUAGGCAGUAAACCAGUAACAGUUCUCAUGGACGAAAUUGUAUACUGUACAAUGUAUUGUAAGUUAGUUUUAUUGUUUUCAUGAAAUUGCUUUAAUAUAUCAUGUUAUGUGAAUUUCACAGAUUAUGUAACAAUAUAUAAACUCAAGAACCGCUUGUCUAAAACCCUGAUCAGUGAUCAACAAAAUGUAAUGAAACUAUUCUCGAAUUCCGUCCAUGGUUGAUAAUUUAUAUCUAUAUUUGUGAGGGUACUUUUCAACUGCUGAAACUUGUUCGUCCCAUCUACUUCAUUGCUGUAGUCGUAGACAUGUCAAAUAAGUGUUUAUUUAAACAAUUUUGUAUUAUAGUCAUGUAAAUAUGAAUAAAUAUGAGAAAAUGAAAGUUAAAUAUAUAUAUAUAUGUAUGUAUUUGUCCGAUAGGACACAUUUCUAAGGCAUGAAAGUGGCUGAAUGAAUCUGCUUUGUAUUCUUUCAUAAUGCAUCAAAAUACAAUGAUUGCCAAUUCAU